CUUAAAUGCCAGCUCGACACACAUCAUAUGUCACCAGAUUAAACAAAUUAUUUAGCUACCCUGUUAAAUAUCACUGUCUUAAAAGUGUUUGUGGGCUGCUUUGUGUUGAAUUGCCUCACCCGACAACAUCAUCUUCCCUGUGAGCUCAUCCAGACAAACACUUAAUCCCUUCAUUUCCCUAAUCACGGAGGAAUGCUUGAGAUUAUAAAAAUUCAGGAACAGCACAUUUAAGUGCAUAAACCAGGGAAAAUGAGUACGGGGAAGCCAAGUGGUAUCAAACCACCCACUAAGAUUGGUAAACCAUCGACAGGGGCUACCAAGACCUCACCCACUGCAGCUGGCCCCAAAGCUGUAACCUCCCCGACCUCCAAUAGUGCCCAAGAUGCAGCAUCAGACUUCUCUGUUGGUGAACGAGUUUGGGUCAGUGGAAAUAAACAAGGCUGCGUGCAGUUCAUUGGUGGGACACAGUUUGCUCCGGGUCAAUGGGCGGGCAUAGUUCUAGAUGAACCCAUUGGGAAAAAUGACGGAUCUGUGUCUGGGAUCCGCUACUUUCAGUGCGAGGACAUGCGUGGCAUAUUCACUCGGCCAUCCAAACUAUUCCGCAGUCCGGUGGCAGAGCAUAAGUCCAAUGGUGCAAUUACACCCGCCAGCCAGACCUCGGCCAAUCAGGCUUCUCCUGCCAAAGAUGCCGUUCGGACACUCAAACCCAAUGCAACUGCAACCACCAAGUCCUCAAACUUGACUAGAACUGCCAGCGAGUCUGCCUCUAAUCUGUCUGAGACAGAUUCGGCCAAGAAGCUACAACGGGAACUUAAGAUGGGUGAUCGUGUGCUGGUGGGUGGGACCAAGGCAGGUGUUGUGCGGUUUCUGGGUGAAACAGACUUUGCGAAAGGGGAAUGGUGUGGAGUUGAACUGGAUGAGCCACUUGGCAAGAAUGAUGGGGCAGUGGCUGGCGUGAGGUAUUUUCAGUGUCUCCCAAAGUACGGACUAUUUGCUCCAACGCAUAAAGUGACUCGCAUUGGUUUCCCAUCCACCACGGCAGCCAAAUCCAAAAUAUCAAGGCGCAGAUCAACGCUAAAGAACAGUCACAGCGCCUCUUCCGUCAGCUCCCUCAGCUCCGUCGCCUCCUCAGUCGGGGGCCAACCCAGCCGUGCAGGCCUGCUCACAGAGACGUCUGCACGUUACGCACGGAAGAUCUCAGGGACCACGGCCCUGCAAGAGGCCUUAAAGGAGAAACAGCAGCACAUUGAGCAGCUCCUAGCUGAGCGAGAUUUGGAGAGGACGGAGGUGGCCCGAGCCACCAGCCAUGCUGGAGAGGUGCAGCAGGAGCUGGUUCUGCUCAGACAGGGCCAAGAACAGUAUUCUCACGAGAUGGAAGCUAAGUUGGACCAGUUGCGCAGACUUGUUGAGACUGCAGACAGAGACAAAGUGGAGCUGAUGAAUCAACUAGAAGAGGAAAAAAGAAAAGUGGAGGACCUGCAGUUUCGUGUGGAAGAAGCUUGCAUUACCAAAGGUGACCUAGAGACGCAGAACAAACUGGAGCAUGCCCACAUUAAGGAGCUUGAACAGAGUCUUCUGUUUGAAAAGACCAAAGCAGAUAAACUCCAGAGACAGUUAGAGGACACUAGGGUCGCUACGGUAUCCGAGCGCUCCAGGAUCAUGGAGCUUGAAAGAGAAGUGGCUGAUCUGCAGCUUCAGCUCAGAACUCUACGAGCCGAGAGCACCGGAUCAUCCUCACCUCCAUUACAAGAUAAGAAGAUCAAGGAGCUGAACUUUGAGCUGGAGAGCAAACAAAAAGAGGUUCUUCUGUUCCAGCAGAAACUCACCUCUUCUGAGCAGGAGAAGUCCUCUUUCCAACAACAGCUUGAAGACCUGAAACAGAAGUUUGACAGUGUAUCAGAGGAAUAUAAGAAAACAAAUCUAGCCAUGCAAGAGAUGGAGAAAAACAAGAAAAUGGACAGAGAAAAGCUGAAUACGGUUUCCAGAGAGAAGGAGGACCUGGAGAGGGAGGUAGCUGCCCGACAGAAGCAGGAUCAGUUGGAGGGUGAGGAGAGAGAGCUUCAAAUAAAGGAGUUGAAAGAGAAGUUGAGUAGAACAGCAGAGAGGAACGGCGAACUGGAACGGCAGCAUGUGGAACUGCAGGCCUACAAGGACCAAAUGCAGAAUUCACAGUCUGCAGAGAAGCUGGAGCAACUGACACAGAGAAACAAGGAGUUGCAGGAGGAGCUUGAAGCCCUGAAGCAGCAGAACUCGAAGUAUCAGGAACAGUUGAGUUCAGAAAUGCAGCACAUCGGAAGCCUUCGCAAAGAAACUAAAGAGCUACAGCUGGCAGCCAGUCAGAAGUCUCAGAGGCAGGUGUCGCUUCAGGAUGAUAAAGGGACAUUGGCUCAGGACCUGGAUGUCUGUCGGCAGGACGUCCACACGCAGCAGAAGGACGAGACACUCACCAGCCAGCUGGAGAUUACAGAGAGGGUGAACUCCAAUGCACUGAUGUCUGAUAAAGACAAAGAGCUCGAGAGACUACGAAAUGAGAUCGCCGUUUUGCGUGGAGAGAAUGCCAUGGCCAAAACGCUCCAAUCGGCUGUGAAGUCUCUGGAGAGGGACAAAGCUCUGCUGCAGAGCCGAGUGAACAGCCUGGAGCAGAAUCUGGAGGGACGGCAGAUGGGGAAUGGAGACGGAGUUAUGUCAGGGGAUGCUGCUAUUGACCAACUUCGAGAAGAGAAAGUGUUUGCAGAGGGACAGAUCAACUUCCUGAACUCGGUUAUUGUGGAUCUCCAGAAGAAGAAUGAAGAACUGAAGGUGAAACUGAAGAAAAUGGCGUUGACAGAGUUCAACGGAAAUUGUGAGAAUGACGGUGAGGGGAAAAAGAAGAAGAAAGCACCGCCGCGUGUCUUCUGCGACAUCUGCGACUGCUUUGACCUGCACGACACAGAGGACUGUCCCACGCAGAUGCAGUCGCCAGAUUCCCCUCCUCACACUACCUAUCAUGGCAGCCGUGGAGAUGAGCGACCGUACUGCGACAUCUGCGAGGCGUUCGGUCACUGGACAGAUUCUUGCAACGAUGACCAAACCUUCUGAACGUCCCCUCAAAUCUCCACCUGAGAUCAGGCAAUGCACAGAUCGCUUUCAACCAGAUAUUUUGCUAUUUUUGUAUACUGCGUAUAUACAUUCAAACCUCUUUUACAUUCCCUUUAAUGUUAAUGAAUGAAGGCAAUAUUUGUGACCUCAUUAUAGGCAUAUUUAAUUCAGUGAUUGGUGUCCAGUUAACAAAAAGUACAUAUACUGCAGACAUAUUAGUAUGGAAGUAUGCUAUUCCGAACAUUGACACAGUGUUUACAAUCUUUGGGAAGUCAACCUGUGAAUGGCUUACUUAUGGUUUUCUAUUCACAUUAAACUGUGAUAUUUAAAUUUAAAUUUGGGUUAGUUCACCCAAAAAUGAAAAUUAUCCCAUAAUUCACUCACCCUCAAG